AGGCUCUACUUGGUGCCGAAUGGCCGAGCCGCGCUGGCGACGCUGGCAGCACCGGAAGUGACCUUUCGGCAGAUGGGCCGGACAUGCGCUAGCGGGUCCAGUGACCCCUUCACCACUCAUCAACUGUCAAGCCGAACUCGGUUGGUGCGACUGGCCAGUGGGUGGAGGACAAAAGUGACGACGCCUUUGUGCCAGAAGACGAGUCGAGUACCGGAGAUCUGCUCUGAUGGACUGUACGUGCCGAUGCACCUCUGGAACACUUUCUAG